AUGACAUUAGAUAAAUACGGCAUUUCAGACCGUGCUGGUGCUGCCAUCGUGUCGGCUACGUUGCAAGAUAUCGGUCUGGUUACUGAGAGUAACAAGUCAAGUGUUAUCGAUCGUAGCAAAAUUCGGCGCGCUCGCGCGCAAACGAGAAGUUCAGGGGCUGCAGUUAAGGUGCUAGAUGAUGAUGAUUCAUUGGUUUCUAUAUCGUUUGAUGGCCGCAAAGAUAAAACAAUGUUAUACGAGUAUAAAGAUAAUCGCAGAAAAACUGUUGUUGAAGAGCACAUAACCUUGGUAAAAGAACCGAAUUUGCGAUACAUCGGGCAUAUUACACUGGCCACAGCAGAUGCACUCACAAUUUCAAAAAAAACUUUACCUUUAUUUAGCGUUGAAGUGUGA